AUGGAGACAGCGGCCGGGAUCUGGGAACAAGUAGCCCGGCAGAUGCCUCUCGAUGUCUUGGUCCUCAUUCUGGCAGCCGCCACUUUUGCAGCUGGAAUUAUCACAUACUGCUGCGAAGCGCACUCGGCUCUUGAAGGGGUUCCAAGCAGCCCAAAAGACAUCGAAGACGCCUCACCGGUGUCUGUGAAGUCUUUAUCGCCAGAGAAAGCGGCAGACAUCGAGCAGGAUCGCAGACACAAGGCCAGAGAAGAUCUGCCAGAGCCAGAACCCGAGGGGUGCGACGAAGAUUCGCGCCGCAAGGGCCUUGAGGUCUGCCUCGAGCGGCUUCCAGGAGAAGCCUGGGGAUUCGCAUGGCAUAGCAAAGCAUUCUGCGAGCAGAGGCUUAUCGUCGUGGGCAUCGACCCGGACUCGCCGGCCGGAAGGUGGCAACUGCAGCGUGAGCACCAAGGCCUUCCGACGGUUCAGCGGGGCGACGAGCUCGUUUGUGCCAACGACGUGACGCAGCACAGCAGUAUGCAGAUUUCACUGGUAGUUGCCAACAAGCUUCGUCUGAAGUUCUUGCGUGCGGAGGGUGUAGCCGAUCUCGCCCGAGGCGUUGUGCCUAAAUUGGAAGCGAAGGAUGCAUGCAAGGAGGAAGUCCUCAAAGAGACGCCAGCUUUACCGCCUUUGCAGCCUGAUACUUUCGCUGAGAGCGACACAGACGACUUGGCGGAGACUGGGAGUCAACAUGUGUUGAACUAUGAUGGAGUGCCGCGCAACUUUUGGAGCUACCAGCGCUUGCCUCGAUCUCUUCCAGCAGAAACGGCAGAUGCAGCACCCGUGGACUCGCAAUCGGAGCAACGAGCACCGGAAGCAGCCCAAAAACCACUCUGCGAAAAGACUACCGUCAGGAGUGUACCGCUGCGUUCACGCUCGGAUCCCCCAGCCGCCCCACGGCGACGAGGAGGCAGCUCUUCUCCUGCGAGCCGAGCGAGCCGGGACCCAGGUGCUGUGCCACACUUGUUCACUAGAAGCCGAACAGCCGGGUCAAGGAGCCCCGCCUCGAAGCACAGUCCGCUGAGCGCGGUGGGACGAGGCCCUCUUCGGCAACGAGGCGAUGCGAGAGACGGCCAGAUUGUCUCGUGCGGCUCCGAGUCAGAGAAUGCUUCGCGAAGCGACCAGUGCCCGUCCACGGACUGGGAGUACAUGAUGGACAACCGAGCUCAGCAGUGCCAGUCCAUGCCCGAUCCUUCUCAGGGACCUGGCGUUGUGAUGAUGCUGGCCCUCCAGCCCAUGCUUGGUGGAGUCUUGGGCCAGCCUGGGCAUCAUGGCCCCUUUGUGCCCGCUCCAAUGGGGUCACCACAAGUCUCCGAUGCUUCGUCAACACCACCGCCGCCAUUGACUUCACCCAAGGUUCCCAGCAUGCCGGCUUCUUCGAGCACGCCAGGUGCGGGGCUUAUGGUGCCGAUGACAAUGAACCACGGAUUUGCUGCUGGUGCCUCUACACAGAAUGCCCAGGUGAUGGGUUGGGCGCCGGCUUGGCGCAGUGAUGGGCCUGAACAGGGCCAUCAGGCAUCAGCUUCUUCAAGCUGGCUGCAGUCCGCGACUGCAGAGGACUACACGGCGCCGAACCCCGCUGCGCGGUCAGGCAAGAAGACCUACCGCGCGGGCCAGCGCCUGACUGCGCGGCGACUCCGCGCUGCACAGCGCGCCGCAGAGCUGAACCAGGCGCUGCCCUCCGAGCCUCUGCCAUCACCAUCACCGCCCUCGGAGCCCUCCUCGGAGGAGCCGCCAGGCGCAGAGGCACGAACGAAGCCCCGGCGGCGCGCUGGCGUGCGGGUGAGGCGGCGGCGUGAGCAUGCGAUCGCCCGACGGCGAGAGCAAGAGGAGCAGGGCGAUGUGCCGCGACCCCAGCCUGUUGGCGCGGUGCCGCCUGGACCUUUGCCGCCUCGCCACGAGGAGGUAGAUCAGGUAGAUGGCUUCGACAGCCCUGCCGAAUUGGAUGUACCAAUUCUCGAUGCAGGCUCGCCUGUCUCCGGGCACCAGUUGGCAGCCUCGAAGCGGUUGCGCAGUCAACCUCGCGAUUCUUCAAACGAUCUGGAGCGUGAUGUCAUCGGUCGGGAAGUUCUCAUCAAUGGCUUGGUGCAUAUGCCGCAGCUCAACGGACACUGGGGACGUGUCGCAGAGUUCGAUCCAGUGCACAGAUGUUAUCUGGUUCAUGCCUUCGUAAGCGGCUCGUCGCCGCUGGCGCUCAGGCUCAGGCGGGAUGCUUUCGUGGUGCCCAAGAGUCUUGGCUUGCAUUGA